UCUUCGUUAGUGGUCUGUCUCAUAAUCUCAUUUCGCAUCCUCGACACCGUCCUUUAUAGCAUUGCUGCCCAUUCCCUCUCUCUUUCAUGAGUUUCACCCCCUUAACAUACAAAAAGAUUGUUGUUUUAUUUUUCCCCUUUCUAUCAGUUUAGGCCAAACGAAAUAAACACUAUCGAGGUAUACAGCUUCACAUAAACCUUGAUGGAUUAAUGAAUGAAUGUGAAUGAUUUUGGAACCCCACAAAAUCUCCAUCUUCAGAUAGACAAAGAUGAUAGAGUUCAGACCCAGAUUCACAGCCGCUUCUCUCAUUUCUGUGAUACUUCUUGUAGGCUCAUCUCUGAAGGCCGAAUCAGCCGUAGGAGUGAACUGGGGGACCCUGUCAUUCCACAAGCUGAAGCCCUCUACAGUAGUGAAUCUCCUGAAAACCAACAGGGUAACAAAAGUGAAGCUGUUUGAGGCAGACCCAGGUGCUCUGGAGGCGCUCAUGGGGAGUGGGAUUCAGGUCAUGGUGGGAAUACCCAAUGAUAUGCUGGCUUCCUUGAGCGCAUCCACUGUGGCAUCUGAUUUGUGGGUUCGCCAGAAUGUGUCCAGAUAUAUGGUUAAAGGUGGUGUUGAUAUAAGGUACGUUGCAGUAGGAAAUGAGCCCUUCCUUUCUAGUUACUCAGGUCAAUACGAGCCUUAUGUCAUGCCUGCACUGCUCAACGUACAACAGUCCUUGGCCAAAGUAAAUUUUGCAGGUUAUGUGAAGUUAGUGGUGCCUUGCAAUGCCGAUGCUUAUGAGUCCACUCUUCCUUCUCAAGGGGCAUUCCGACCCGAACUAACCCAAAUCAUGACUGAACUUGUGUCGUUCCUUAACUCAAAUGGUUCCCCAUUUGUAGUCAAUAUCUAUCCAUUUCUAAGCCUCUAUGGGAACUCGGAUUUUCCACAAGACUACGCAUUCUUUGAGGGGACUACUCAUGCUGUUACAGAUGGACCCAAUGUUUACUACAAUGCAUUUGAUGGAAAUUUUGACACUUUAGUUGCAGCACUGAGCAAACUUGGAUAUGGUCAGAUGCCCAUAGUUAUUGGGGAGGUAGGUUGGCCAACAGAUGGAGCCAUUGGUGCAAAUCUGACUGCUGCAAGAGCUUUCAAUCAAGGGCUCAUAAAUCAUGUUCUGAGUAACAAAGGGACACCAUUGAGGCCGGGCAUCCCACCCAUGGAUAUAUACCUUUUCGGUCUACUUGAUGAAGGGGCAAAGAGCGUACUUCCAGGAACCUUUGAGAGACACUGGGGUAUUUUUUCCUUUGAUGGCCAAGCCAAAUAUUCACUAAACCUUGGUUUGGGCAACAGAAGAUUAAAGAAUGCAAAAAAUGUUCAGUAUCUCCCAUCUAGAUGGUGUGUGGCAAACCCAUCUACAGAUUUGUCUGAGGUGACAAACCACAUGAAACUUGCCUGUAGUGUUGCAGAUUGCACCACACUUAACUAUGGUGGAUCAUGUAAUGGCAUUGGAGCGAAGGGAAAUAUCUCAUAUGCAUUCAACAGUUACUAUCAGCUGCGAAAGCAAAAUGCACAGAGCUGUGAUUUUGAUGGGCUAGGCAUGGUCACUUACCUCGAUCCUUCUAUCGGCGAAUGCAGGUUUCUUGUUGGCGUCAAUGAUGUUAGUUCAUCAAGUUUUCAACCAGUUUGUUGGUGGAGCAUUCCUUGGGUUUUGAUCAUCUGGGGGUUUUGGUUCUCUGUAAUGUGAAAAACAAAAAAGGUUUUUUGGGUGGGGUUUUCACGGUUCCUCUAUUGAAAUUAUAAGUGAUAUAUAUAUAUAUAUAUUUAUAUAUAUACGUAGGAGAUAGAAUACGAUACUUAUUUAGAAAAUCAAAAUUAUUAGGGGUAUGUGAUUGAGUCCUUGUAUCAUGUAAGAAACAGAGUAAACAUU